UCACCGGACGCGGCGUCAGUUCAGUGCUCAUCGAGCCAGCGGCCAGCAAUGGGAAGAGACGACAUGCUUUCUCUGGUGCUGCCCCUGCUGCUCGCCGCGGUCGCCCUGGCCGUGUGGCUGUGGGGGCAGCUGAGGCGCCCUCCAAGAUACCCGCCAGGUCCGACAUGGCUUCCCUUGGUGGGCAACUACCAGGACAUGCGCCGGCUGAGCAAGAAGCUGGGAUCGCAACACGAGGCGUUCACGUACCUAGCCCAGAAGUACGGAUCACCCGUGAUUGGUUUACAUCUGGGCGGCGACCUGACCGUCAUCGUCUCCACCAGGAGCCUCAUACGCGAGGUGCUCACGCGGCCCGAAUUUGAAGGACGGCCCCAGAACUACUUCGCGUACCUCCGCAGCCUGGGGAUGCGGAAAGGAGUUACGUUGGUGGAUGGCAAGCUGUGGCAGGAGCAGCGCGCCUUCGUGAUACGACACCUGCGCUCUCUGGGCUUCAGCGGGGCUGCUAUGCAGGCUCAGGUGGAAGAGGAGGUGCGUGCUCUGCUAGAAGAACUGAGCAACAACUGCGGGAGACCAACACAGCUCAAAAAACUUCUGGCGCCCGCCGUGCUCAACGUCAUCCUCCAGUUCUGCGCUGGGUACCGCUUCCCGCGCGACGACCGGCGCCUACAGACGCUGCUAGAGCUGAUAAACACGCGGUCACGAUACUUCGACAUGGCUGGAGGCAAACUCAGCGCCAUGCCGUGGUUGCGCUUCAUCCAGCCCGAGGCAACUGGCUACAACGCGAUCAUCAGGUUCAACGAGAUGGCGCGCGCCUAUUUUUUAAAAACUAUCGAAGAACAUAAGGCAACAUACACGCCAGGAAAGAAGAGAGAUCUCAUAGAUGCAUUUCUGUAUGAAAUGGCAAAAGCAAAGCAGGACCAAGAUGAGAACACAACAUUUACGGAUAACCAGCUUCUUAUGCUGUGCUACGACAUGUUUGUUGCUGGCUCGGAAACGACAGGCAACUCGCUCCGAUUUGCUUUCCUUAUGAUGUUACGACAUCCUGACGUCCAGGAACGAGUGCACAAAGAGAUAAAAGAAGCAAUUGGCACCCACAGGCUCCCAACACUAGAGGACAAAGACAGAUUGGUUUAUACCAGAGCUGCUCUGACGGAGUCACAGAGAAUGUGUCAUGUCAUACCAAUACGGGGAACAAGGCGAGUGCUCGAAGACACCACGCUACACGGCUAUCGACUUCCAGAGAAUACAGUUGUCCUUCUAAAUAUUUGGUCACUGCACAUGGAUAAAGACCAUUGGGGUGAUCCUGAAGUAUAUCGACCAGAGCGUUUCAUUACUGAAACUGGGCAGUUUAGAGAGGAUGAUGCAUUCUUACCAUUUGGUCUUGGUCGACGUCGGUGCUUGGGAGAGCAUUUGGCAAAAUGCUGUUUAUUCCAAAUGUUUGCUGGAAUCUUACAAAAAUUUCAACUUGUUCCUGCAGAUGGUACUGACCUAAAGUAUGCUACUUUGGAAGGCCUUAACCUUGCUCCAAAACCAUAUGAUAUUAUUUUCAAAUCUCGAUAACAUUGCAACAACACAAAAAUAUAAUUAUUUUCAGUACCAGUAUUAUGACAGCAAUUAAAACCUAAUAGAUCAAUAUGUAUUACUGAAUGGAAAUUAACUGAAAUUUCAUUUACUUAUUUCCAUACUGCCAUUUCAUCACUUCUUUGAAUUAGUGAGAGAAUAGAAAAGUAUCCAAAUAGAGAUGAGGUUUGUAAAAAUGCAACUACAUAUGAACAAAAAGAGGAGUAUUUUCAUAUUUCUGGUUAUCAAUAUGUGAACUAUAGCUCUCAACUAAUGAUUAAUUUCUAAUGUAGUUUUCUAAUGCAUUUCAGUAAUGUACCUUACAGUUUGAUUCUACAUAACCUACUAAGUAACUACACCAAUUUAUUUAUAGUAAUCUCAGUAGCAACUGAUUACUGCAUAAUUCUGUUAAGGAAAUGUUUAUGCUGUGAUGCCUGAAAUUAUUCUUUGUGAUUGUAUCUGUUCAUUACAGGUUAAUACACAGUGUGCAUUAAAAAAAAAAAAUAUUAGCAGUUGGAACACUUCAUGUCCUGCUAACUGAAACUCAUUUCUAACGAACAACGAGACAUACUCAUUUACAAGGACAUCAUGUGAUGUAUAUGACAAUGUUUACACAACACAUGACUGAAAGCUGUUCUGUUUGAACAUGCAAUGUUAACUAAGGUGUAACAAAAAAUUUUCUCAGAACAGUCACUUCUUUUCCUUCAAGGUUUUUGUGGUUUAUCAAAAAGAUCAUUUUCUGGGAAUGCGCUCAGUAAGUGAACAGUACACUUGGCAAUAGAUUUCUAUGGCAUUGUUGCUAUCAGUAAUCCCUCAAAGUUUGUCAUUUGCAGUGAUGGCUAAAAUGUUGAAUCAUUUUACUGUGUAGUGAGUGUUACACCACAAAGACUUUCAUGGAACCAGAAUAAUUCAGUUAUCAACAUGUUCAAUAUUCCAUCAUUUUUCAGGAGGUUAUCCAUGAUAUCACUAACUCUUGUACCAAUAUUUUGGCAGACAACCUUUCACCUGUUCUCAAAGUGAGUUGCCCACAAGAUUAUUAAAAUAUGAGUUUAAAGUGCCUUAAAAAUCUUGCAGGCAACUCAUCUGGAGAAUGACUGAAAGACUGUCAGCCAAUAUAUUGAUACAAAAAAAUGACAUAAUAUUUUAUCUACUAGGAAAAUUUGAAGAAACAUACAUUUGAUAUUACUUUCCCUGUAGCAUUUGACGCUAACUGAGUUUUGUGGGGCUGCUACACAGGUGAACAAUUUUCCUUACUUGGGUAUUUUUCAGCCAGUUCAUUUUAAAAGGUAGUUUCCCCAUAUUCCACAAUGGAUAUGAAGAAUGCCAAUUACAGUCCUAGGUUACAUAAUAUAUAAUAAUUUCAUCUUGUAUCAUAUAAUUUUGUUAUGAACCAUCAAAGCAUUUGAUUGCUAUGACUGGGUACAAUCCACUCACAAUAUCGAUAUUAGAGGACCCAACAUCUUAACAUUCAUAGCAUAAUUCAAUUAAAAAAUUCAUACAUGGAUUAUUAUUAUGUUUUCUUGAGGUUGAAAUAAUUGCACACAAAGUUAUUGUAAACAUAUUUUUAGCUGGGAUGUAGGUAUAGCAACAACUGAUAUUAUGUGUGAAAUCAUUACUGCAAAUUUUAACCAUUUGUGGUUGUUUGACACAAACUAAAACUUGCACAAAUUUACACAUGUCUAUGGACACAGUAUAACACGCUACAUUCUAGUUAAGGAAUGGAGAAAUUUUUGCACUUUCUCACUAACUAAAAUGUUGUUUUCAUUGGUUAAACUGAAAUUUGUGUCAGGAAGUUUAUCUGGCUCUAGAAACAAUUACCAAAAGCAUUAUGCUUAAAUUCGCCAGACAACUACUUUGACAUAGACUUCAGUUUACAUUAUAAUAUUAGAUAUCAAGAGAAUGAACUGAGUUUUAUGUAUCAGACAUUUUUGAAGUAAUAUUAAUCAUAAUUCUAAUUCUUGCUAUGAUCUAAAGAAUGGAGGUUGUGAUUCACAAAUAUUGUGUCUUGUAAAUUAUCAAUGUUACAAGUUACAAAUUAUAUUUUUCUAAUAAAAUUAUUAAUUGUGGAAACUGCUUUUCUCCAUGUUUGAUAUUUAUUUUCAUAAGUAUGGAGAACUUAAUCUGAAUAUGCAACAACCCUUCACUAAAUCAUUUUCUUCUGUCAAAAUCUACAGCUCAUUGUUUCAAUGUAAUGUUGAAUGUAUUAAGUCACUAAUAUAUAAGUAAUUUUACUGUCAAUGAAAAUCUUCAGUAUAUGUUUUCAGUGCACAAUGUAUAAUAUGAUAUUUUGUACUGAAAUUUUAGAAGAUACUUACUAGAUAAAACGGUAAUUAUUUUAUACCUGAAUAUGGUGUUUACUUUAAUUGAAGACA